GUUUUUGUUGUAGUAUUGUAGAUACCCAAUUUGGCUCAAAUUUUUCUAAUUGGGUUUUAUGAGGAGCGUGAGUUUGCACUCUAUGUUUCUUCGAUUUCCAAUGAGCUUAGAGUGCCGGUGAGGUACUUGAAAGAGGAUAAACCACAUGGCUCAGCUGGUGGUAUUUAUUACUUCAGAGAUUUGAUCAUGGAAGACGGCCCGUCGCAUAUCUUUUUGCUGAAUUGUGAUGUAUGCUGCAGUUUUCCACUUCCAGAUAUGCUUGAGGCUCAUAUAAAAUACGGUGGAAUGGGUACAAUGCUAGUAAUCAAGGUUUCUGCGGAAUCUGCCAACGAGUUUGGUGAGUUGGUUGCUGAUCCAGUCACCAAAGAACUGUUGCAUUACACUGAGAAACCAGAGACUUUUGUAUGUGCAUGGUGCAGUUAGUGUACUGAUGCGAUACUAUGUAGUCAAAAAGUUAAGGGUGCCACAGGAGUGUGAGGGAGAUGGAUUUGUGGCAGGAACUGGAGAGGAUCUCGGCGGCGUUAGUGAUGGUUUGGGCGGAGGAGAAGUAG